GGGGGGGGGGGGGGGGGGGGGGCUGACUCGCUCAGGGAGGCAGGCGCAUCAGCAGCAGGUCAGGAGAAAGGGAGAGAGAGGGAGGGGGCCGGGGGAGAGCAUAGAGUAGAUCACAUCUGUCUGUUACUGCCUCGGCUGGGGGCCUGCGGUCGUCGUAGUGAGCAUUUGGAAUGCAGCGAGGCCAAGAUGUGAUGACACUAGUAUUCUGCAGGUUCCGCCUCCUCGUGUUCGAUAUGGGAACGAUCUUCUAGUGAUUGUAAAUAUGAUUUCGAUUAGUAGGUCGGUUUCUCCGUCGAGCAGCUGCAGCAGCCGAAAACGUGCUGGCGAGCGAGCGAUUGGAAUUCCAGUGAUGUACAGAAUGCGCAUUUGACAAGGCGGGCAAUUGGUCACGCGUAGCUGGAGUUCUUAUGAUUGUGAGACUCACGCGGUGCCUAGCAAGCUGUUGAUGCCUCCUUCGCAUGAGGGCGACAGCUAGCCGGGAAAGCGUACUUUCUUACAUUGGAACAAGCUUACUUGGCGAGGUGUGUAGAGAAAUGUUGAGCUCUCAGAUGAUGUAGAAGGAGGCUGUCAGAGCAGCCACAUACAUGGCGGAAAAUUUGGAAAAGCCUUACGAGCCUGCAGUAAUGGCACUCGAUGGAGCAGGAAACUCUGCAGUUGCUGAAGCCGGAAAGAGAAUGAAUGGGGCUUUAGCAAAGGUGUCAUCAUCUCACUCCUCACAGGCACCUAGCUCUCCCAAGACCGAGUGCAAGGUCUUGGCUCAAAAGCUCGCUCUACAGCCCGUACCCAAAUCUAAACAGGACCAAUGGGGUUUGCUUACUGCAGUGUCAGAGAAGGCUAGGAAGCGUCCACAGGGUUCACACAUCAUGCUACAUAAUUCCGAUCAUGUGCUCGGUCGCACAGUGGCAGAAGUGAGCUGUCAAUUUGAGUCACCUGCUGUGAGUGGAAGGCAUUGUACUAUCACUCGGAAACUCACCACCUUGGAUGGGAGCGUCAAGCCUUCUGGCAGUGAGGCAGUUCCGGGAGAUCACUACGUUGUCUUCGUGAAGGAUUCUAGCUCAAACGGAACCUACAUUAACAAUCAAAGAUUGAGAAAGAAUGGCCCGGAGCUAAGAGUCCAACACGGGGACAUAAUUUCCUUGGUUGCCGUUUCUGAACAUGAGAAUGCAUUGGCUUUCGUAUAUCGAGAGGUUAUUGAUGACCCGACCAGACAAGCCCCCAAAAGAAAGAUUCCUCCUGCAGAUGUUGAUAAUGAAGGAAUGGCUGGUGACGGGAAGAGGAUGCGAGGGAUUACCACGUGUUCGAGUGAAGGACCUGUUUCUCUUGAUGAUGUUCGGCGGUUGCAAAGGUCGAAUGAGGAGUUAAGGCAGCAGCUAGAGGACCAUGUGUUGAAUACAGAGAAGAUGCGCAGCGAAAUGCGUGCUACGGAGGCACGCCAUCAAGUUGAGGUGAAGGAAGUGAAAAUAUCUGUGGCAACUCAAUAUGUACAGCAGAUUGAAGAAAUUAAACGAGAGCUUGCGAAGAAGGCGAGCGACUUGGAGGAAUGUGUAGCGACUUGUGCGCAACAUGUGACAACCAUUGAAGACCUGACUCAACGUCUUGCUGCAGCAGCUCAGUCUCGAAUGGAUGCCGAAGAAGCUAUUUUAAGUCACAAGUGUAGCAUAGCGGACCUUGAGAAGCGCUUGGAAGAGGAACGUGAUCAAAAAGAGAAAGAGAGAUUUCAAGCAGAAGCCAAUCUUCGAGCUGCGAUAGAGAGAACACGUGCUGAGUCGUUGGAGGAACAGAAACGACAACAUGAAAUAUCAGCUCGUUUGCAGAAGCAGCAGCAAGACAUGAUAUUUGAUCUUCAGGAGACUGACAAGGAGAAUCGGCGCCUCGCAGAAAGCCUCAGGUCGAAACUGGAGGCAGAGAGACAAAUCGUUGUCAGUGCUGAAGAGAAGGGUCGAAGGCUUGAGGUUCUCAUCCAAGAAGAACGAUUUGCGAGGGAUAGUGCACGCAAGAAAGCUGCGGAACUUCAGGAUGAGUUAAGGCACGUGUAUACAGAUCUGGAGAGCGAGAAGGCAGCGAGAGAGUCUGCAAGGGCAAAGAUUGAGAGUUUGGAGUUGGAGAUGGAGACGGCUAUUAGGGACCUUACAUUGGAAAAGCAGCGGCUGCAAGGGGCGCGAGAGCGAAUUGUGCUCCGCAGAGAAACUCAACUGCGAGCAUUCCACUCCACUGCUGCAGAAAUUGAGGCUUUGCAGCAGAAACAACAGGAGCAGCUCAAGGCCAUGUUGAGAACCCUCGAAGACAGAGAUGAGGCAGAUCAAAAAAUAAAGAAAGCAAGGACUGAAGUUGAAGAUUCUGAUACGGAGAACGAAGACAGAGUGGAGAGUACAGGGAGAAUUUCAUACCUGGCAAGAAGUGCGCCUCCAUCUCGUCUGGAUAUGAACCCAGAUGCAGGUUUAAAUCCACAAGACUCAUCCCCAGUCGAAGAGGAGGAAAUGGAUCCUCGUGAAGAGGGUGAAGGAGGUGUUGUGAAGCCGACCGGUGAGGGAGAGGAAUGGGUUGGUGAUACCCAGGAAGAAGAGGAUUGGACUUCGAUAGUACCGGACAAAAUUUCUGAGAUGGCGGCUGUAGUGAGGGACUCAAAAGGGACUAUCCAGGAUGAUAGUGGGACGAAAGUGCAAAACUCUCUUAUGGACAACACUCAGGUCCUCGACCAUGGACAGCUUGAUGCUACACAGGUUUUGGAUAGAGUUUUGUUUCCUGAUGGGGGCCAAGUCUUAGUCAGAGAAACGAGAUCAAAGUUGAUUCAGGACAGAUGGAGAUUUGACGUUAUGGAUGUGGACAAAGCGUCAUGCGACAGAGACGAUAGUGUAGACCACGCAGUUGCACUUCGAGAUUCUGGCUCUGGUAGGGACAGCGCUCAAGCUGAUAACGAUGAUAACGAAGAUAUUGAAGAAAUUGGAGGAGAAACGAUGCAAGUCGACGACCCAGUUGGGACAGCCGAGACGGACAAUGAUCUGCAGGAAGCGCUGGAGGAUACUCUGAGGUUGCACCCUUGUACUCCCCACCAAACCCUUCGUUCCAACAGUCGGAGCGCUGGAGAAAACUUGAAUGACCAGCCAAUCGACGAAGCUUCUACUCCUCAAUUGUUCAGUGCUGCUGAAGAAACUAACUUUGAAGACUCAAACGCACGUCCCGGAAACUCUCAAAAAUUGGGAUUGAGGAAUAGCCGUCUGUACGAAGAGACCCGGUUGGAAAGCAGUAAUAAGCAGGAUAAUACCAUUUGUACUGAUGAUCUUCUUGCCUCUGAGGUAGCUGGCAGUUGGGCAGUAAGUCAUGGUACUCCUGCUUCAGUGCAUGCAGACAACGAGUCAUCUGGGAGUGACGAGGGAGACGAGUAUGGUGGAGCAGAAGUUCAUCAUGGCAUCGAAGAAGGCGCCAGUCAAGUAGCUGCUUCUACCGUGUAUGGCAAACAACCUCGACCCGGGCACCAUAUCCGAUUGGAGGAGGUGUUGCAUCUUGCAGAACCUGUAAAUAGUCAGAGCUCUUUGUCACCUGCUACCACCCACACACAUCGGGAGGAACGUGUAACACUGAAUGAAGCGCUGGAGAACAUAGAACCUGGGCUUGGCAACUUGCGCGGUGCCCUCACGGUGAUGAAGCAGCCCCAGGAUGAUACCCAGGAUAGUGAUGACUCUCUGUCAGCAUGAUUGCCGCCAUUGAGACCCAAAAUAUAGAUAUGACGUGGGGAUGAUCCAUAGCCUUGACGAAGUUUAUCAACUGGCAUGUUGCAAUCUUCCUGCGAUAUCCCUGAUGCGAUUUUGACACUGCACGUGAAGGGAUAACGUCAGUGUGUAGGUUCCUUGCCCUUGGCUGUGUAGAAUCGAUAUAGUUUUCGCAGUUUUUAUAAGUUUGUUUCUCAGUUUAUCAAUUGUAUUCCGAUAGUCUUACAUAUCCUCGUUUAUGGGCCGUGAAUUAUUGCAUCGCUUUUUAUGCCUCUCGAACCAUGAUGCGUCUGUGUAAUUUGCGUCACCGAUC